AUGAGUGAUUCGAGUGACUGUAUUAUUGACUCAUUAUUCACUAGAACAUUUGGCAGCAGAAAUUUUUCUGAGAAGCUAGAGAUCAUCAAAACAGGUAGGCCGACGCCGAAUUUGAAUUUGAAAACAGAGGUUAAAGAUGGUCAGCGAAGAUAUUUUCGUUCCUUUCGUUCAGAGUGGUACACCGAAGUCGUAUGGCUAUGCGGAUGUUCCCAUAUUCAAAAAUUGUUCUGCUGGCCAUGUUUUCUUUUUAGUACCAAAGUUGACGACCCAUUUGUCCGAAGUGGUGUCACUGACAUGGGUAAUUACCAGAAUCUGAAAGCAAGACAUGACAAAAGCGUUGCUCAUGUCCAAAGUAUGGUCGAUUUGGUUAAAUUUGGUAAGAGUCGAGUAGACAUUGGCAUUAGUAAACCAUAUCACGAUGAAAUUGCUAAACAUAAUAAAGAGGUAACUGAGAAUCGAUACAUUUUAAAGUGCUUAAUUGAUGUUACGUGUCAUUUGGCUCAGCAAGAGAUAGCAUUCAGAGGCCAUGAUGAGAAGGCAGAUUCUCAAAACAAAGGAAACUACGUCGAAUUACUGAAUCUUUUAGCUUUACGAGAUGAUAAAUUGGCACAUCAUUUAGAAAACUCGACUGUUUUUACUGGCACAUCCAAAACAAUUCAAAACGAAUUGAUUGAGUGCAUAAGUAAGGUUGUUGUAGAUGAAAUUAAAAGUGAAAUUCGCCAGGCUAAGUUUGUGUCAAUUAUGCUCGAUGAAUCAGUUGAUAUUUCGAAAAAAUCUCAACUAUCAAUAACGGUUCGCUAUAUUCCUGAAUCUGACGAACACCAGGUUGUUGAACGUUUUAUACGAUAUUUUGAUGUCAGCAGCGAACGUAAUGCUUCAAACUUAUAUGAUGUUGUCCAAAAGUUUAUCCAAGAGUUCGAAAUAGGAGAAAAAUUGAUUGCUCAGACCUAUGACGGGGCAGCUGUAAUGGCAGGCCAGCACAAUGGGCUACAAAAAUUGAUUUCAGAUACCUAUAAGCAAGCCCAGUUUGUACAUUGCUAUGCUCAUCAACUUAAUUUGGUUUUGAAACAAUCAGUAGAUGCGAUCCGAGAAUGCAGAAUUUUUUUCGAAACUUUGAGUGGAUUUGCCACAUUUUUUUCAACUUCAUCUAAACGAACCAGUUGCUUGGAUGAGGUAGUACAACGAAGGUUACCAUCAGCUUCAGCUACCCGUUGGAAUUCAAAUAGUAAAUUGGUCUCUGUAAUGUCUUUAGUCAAAGAAGAUUUAUGUUAUGUUUUCAACAUUAUCAUGAAUGAUGCUGAUACCUGGGAUAGCGGAACUCGUGCUAGUGCUAGAGGUUUUCUUCAUCACCUUCAAGAAUUCAAUUUCAAUUUUUUACUGGCAACGUUCGAGAAAAUUUUUGCGCAGUCAACACUUCUUUUUGAUUUAUUUCAGCUUAAAAUUUUCGACAUUCAAGCAGCCACAACAAAGCUUGAAGAAUUCAAAACAUUUUUGAGCAAUUUUCGGAAUAAGUUUGAUGAAGUUUAUGGUAAAGUUUUGGAUGCAGUGUCAAAAGUGACAAAUGAACCCAAAAGACGACGAGCUGCUGGUGAACUGCCUGAGGUUCAAGAACACAGACGACUCUUCUAUCAAAUUAUAGAUACUGUACAGAUGCAAGUUUCUGAACGAUUUGCUGAGAUAGCAAAAUUAGAAUACUUAGCUUUGCUAGAUGCUAAAAAAUUUGAAGUUUAUUCCACGAAAUUCCCAGAAAACUUGUUCAGAGCUUUAAUGGCCCAUCCUCAUGGGAAAAACUUCGAUUCAGCUAAGUUGAGAUCGCAGCUUCUUGUAACUUAUGAUUCGACAGAUUUACGUGGAUUGACAAUCCAUGGGUUAUACAAGUAUUUGAUGUCAUCGGGCCUUUCUGUUGCCUUGUCUGAAGUUGUAAAGCUGUGUAACUUGAUAAUUACUAUCCCAGUGACGAGUGCUUCAACAGAACGUUCGUUUUCAGCACUGAAAAGAAUCAAGACAGCUUUACGAUCAACUCAAGGAGAAGAAAGGCUGUCUGGAUUAACAGUGCUCUCAAUUGAAAAAAAAUUGCUGCGUCAGCUGAGGGAAAAACCUGAUUUUUAUGAUCGGGUGAUUCAAGAAUUCCUCAAAAAAACAAGAAGGAUGGACUUCAUUUAUCGAUAA